AAUGAGAAUCAUAGGAAAUGUAGUUUUGGGUGUUGUGGGUUUGCGCAUGCGCAAGCGAGUGGUCGUUUGACAGGCGGCUGUUUGUUUCUGUCAGGAUUUCAUUAUUUCACAUUAUGUCGCGAUACGGGCGACACGGAGGCGAAACGAAGGUGUACGUGGGUAACCUGGGCACCGGGGCAGGUAAGGGUGAGCUGGAGCGGGCGUUCGGUUAUUACGGGCCGCUGAGAACCGUGUGGAUCGCUCGCAACCCUCCGGGAUUCGCCUUUGUGGAGUUUGAAGAUCCCAGAGAUGCUGAGGAUGCUGUGCGUGGCCUUGAUGGCAAGGUGAUCUGUGGCUCUCGAACGCGUGUGGAGUUAUCCACCGGAAUGCCACGGCGUUCCCGAUACGACCGUCCGCCGACUCGCCGGCCCUUCGACCCGAACGACCGCUGCUACGAGUGCGGCGAGAAGGGCCACUACGCGUACGACUGUCAUCGCUACAGUCGGCGGCGCCGGAGCAGGUCUCGUUCCCGUUCCCACUCUCGCUCUCGGUCCAGAGGGAGGAGAUACGGUCGCUCUCGCAGCCGCAGCAGGGGGAGAAGGUCCAGAUCUUUCUCUCCUCGCCAUUCUCGCUCGGGUUCUCCCAGACGCUCCAGAUCUGUGACGCCCAAACGAUCCAGGUCCAUAUCCCGUUCUCGCUCCCGAUCCGGCUCCGGUCCCAGGAGCAGGUCUGGUUCAGUCGGGAGAUCCAAAUCCGGCUCUCGGGCUAGAAGUCGUUCGCCCUCUCGAAGCCCCGCAGGAAGUGAGAGUCCAGAGCGAGACGACUGAAGUGCCCUGUUUCUCUUCUCGAAGCACCUCAGUUUCAGGAGAUGUGUGUUUGUUAUCAGGGGUUUCGGCGUUUAUUGCAGUACAAGUGAAGUAAUAAUUAAAAAAUGCAAGUUUGAUUGUAAGGAAGCUCUUGUUUGAGGAGCAGAAUAUUUUGAGUUUAUUUUUCUCUAGAUGAGGAGAGAGUUUGUCUGAUUUUCUACCUGUUUUGUUGUGCGGUACAUGUGUUCCUGCAUCUGUUUGAGUUUUGUAUGCAUAUUAAAAGAAGUUAAAACA